AUGUAUCUCCAGAGGAACUGGCUUGGGAAUACACCUUUACUUUGGGUCCGUUCCAACAACUCUCUGUUUGAGGGACAAGCAGCAAGUGAUCUAUACAUCAAGGGCCUCAGUAACCAAAAGUAUCAGGAGAUGCUUGCUGAAUUUGGGGAUGUUGGGCUAAUGACUGGUGAUGUUACCAUUAAUCCAACUGCGUCAUGUUUAGUCAUGACAACCAAGAUUCUCCAUUCCAUGUUAUACCAGGGCUCAGAGAUCAUGCGUUCAGUUGCAUGGGUUAUUUUUGACAAGAUUCAUUACAUGCAAGAUGGUGAACAUUGUGUUGUUUGGGAGGAGACAAUUAUUCUUCUCCCUCAUACUAUUCACUAUGUCUUUCUCUCAGCCGGCUGGUCACAUUUCAACAUGGCAAUCAAGAUUUUGGAUGGGGUGUUGUUGUCACUUUCACGCAAAGGGCUGCUCCCUAGAACAACAAACCGAUUUAUGCCCCUUGGCUGGAUGCAAGAUGGUGUGGAGGUUGUUCUUGAGGUAAAAAGGCGGUUCCCAAGGGGAAUUGCCUUGCUGGAUCCAAUCACCAACAUGAAUAUCAAGGAUAUCAAGUUCAAGGAGCUAGUUGAUGCACCUAGUUUCCCCCACGCCGUCUCAAACAUUCCAUCCACACGCUCUGGCGUCCUCCACCCAUACUCCCGUCCCUCCAGCCGCUCCUCUCAAUGUUCCGUGGCAACCCGCUCCCAACCACCCUCUCGCGGCCCAUCACCCCCUCCGCAACACUUGCCCGGAAUGGAACCGGAGCCAACCACUGCCGCUCUCCUCAAGGCUAUCCUCAACCUCACCAACCAAGUUGGGUCCUUGCAGGCCCAAUUAUCAUCCCAAGGCCAACAGCUUGCAGAGCUCAAAGCCAUAUGCAAGGAAACCAACAACCUCGUUGGUGACAAAGACCAGGGCGGAGCCCAAACCAAGCCUGGCCCAUCAACUGGGCCUGUCACCCCUCCUACCCACUCAGGGGGGAAGCUCACACUCCAGGCACGGUUAGGCCUGGGCUCAAAGCCCCAUUCCGCCCCUCAAGAGGAACAGGUUUUGACUCAGAGGACAAAGAACCAAGGGCCCCCAAAAAGGAGCCUCAAGGAACGCCUAGAAGGCACUUGGGAUCCCUCACCCCCUUCGACGCAGGGUCUAGCGGGACAAAAAGCCACUCAGUGGCUUGAUCAAAUGAUGCUAUGGGUAGCUCUCCAUUGCGAUCAGUUUGACGAGGAAGAACAGAUGGUUGUGUGGAUUUUAUACCACAUGACAGACAAGGCCGCCAACUGGGCCCUCCCCAUCAUUGGGAACAUCAUCAAGGGCAAGGGGAACCCCCCUACCACCAUCCAGGCCCUAAUGGCCAAAUUCAAGGAGGCCUUUGCCAAUCCCAAUGCCAAACGGGCCGCCGCCAGAAAAAUUGCGGCUCUUUCCCAAUCCACCACUACCUCUGAGUAUGUCACGGAGUUCCGCAAUCUCAUGACGGAACUAGACUGGAACAAGGAGGCCUAUAUUGCGCAGUUCACGCGGGGUCUCCACUGGAAGGUCAAGGAACUGCUGUCUACCAAAGAUAGCAUCCCUGACAAUCUCAAAGCCAUCUUUGCGGCGGCAAUUAAAAUUGACAACAUCCGCCGCAAAAAUGAGGAAAACCGGCCAAAGAAGGUUCCUGCCAAGUCCACGGCCACUACAGCCACCACUUCCACUACCACCACUAGGGUCCGCCUAUCAGAAGACCCAAACUAUGUCACUCCGGAAGAACAGGACCGCCGCCGCACGUCUGGCCUUUGUGUCAAGUGCAGCCAAAAGGGGCAUGGCAUCAAACAGUGCCCCAAUGGCUGGAAGGCAACUAUCAAAGAGGUUGCCAAGGUAGCUGAGGAGGAAUUGGGAAAAGAUGUAGAAUUUGUAUCUCUUGCUCUAGAUUCGAAUAAAAAACCCUUGCUAUUUAUUGAUCUAUACGUCCAAAAAUUCCCGGCAGAACCCCUCAAAACCCUCAUUGAUUCAGGAGCCACUUCAAACUUCAUCUCUCCUUUGAUUGUGGAAAAAUACAAAAUCCCAAAAACCCAACUCAAAAAUCCACAAGUUGUGAGAAUGUUAGAUGGUACCAUCUCUCAGACUGGUUGCAUUUGGCACCAGGUUCACCUCACCGUCUCAGCCAAUGGCCACACCCAUUCCAUUCCAUUUCUUGUUUGCCCCAUUGGCAACACCCCGGCAAUCCUAGGCAUGACAUGGCUAACGGCAGAAGCUCCCCUCAUUGAUUGGCAACAGGGACUAGUCACAUUCCCUGAACAAGUUCAAAUUGCCUCCAAGGAAGAAGCAGACUCAGAUCCUUUAGCAGACCUUCCCCCUCAGUACCAUGAGUUUGCUAAAGUUUUUGGCAAAGAAGAAUUCAAGGUCCUCCCUCCACAUAGGGAGUAUGACAUCUCCAUAGACCUUGUCCCGGACGCCAAACUGUCCCCUGGCCCCAUAUAUGGCAUGACCAACGCAGAAUCUAAGGCGCUAAAACAACAUAUUGAAGAGGAAUUAGCAACAGGCAAGAUCCGCCCUAGUACUUCCUCAGCAGGCGCCCCGGUCAUGUUUGUAAAAAAGGCAGAUGGCUCACUAAGACUGGUAGUCAAUUAUAGGAAACUAAAUGACGUCACGCACAAAAACGUUUACCCGCUCCCUAGGCAAGACGACCUCAUGGCCAAACUUAGGCAUGCCAAGAUCUUCACCAAAUUGGAUUUGCGCUGGGGUUAUAACAAUGUCCGGAUUAAGGAAGGAGAUGAAUGGAAGACGGCUUUUAGAACAAAGUACGGGCUGUUUGAAUACUUGGUAAUGCCUUUUGGCCUUACCAACGCCCCAGCCGCCUUCCAACACUUCAUGAAUGACCUGUUUAGGGACCUCAUUGACGUCACUGUGGUUGUCUACUUGGACGACAUCCUGAUCUUCUCAGAAAACCCCAAGGACCACCCAAACCAUGUCAGGGAAGUCCUAGCACGGUUGAUGAAAAAUCAGUUGUUCUGUAAACUCUCCAAGUGCCACUUCCAUGUCACCACGGUGGAUUACUUGGGCAUAGUCAUUUCCCCAGCAGGUUUUUCCAUGGACCAGAAGAAGAUCAAGGCGGUCACGUCAUGGCCAACCCCCAAAACAGUCAAACAGGUCCAAGCCUUCCUAGGAUUCAUUAACUACCUCCGCCGCUUUAUCCCCAAUUUCAGUUCAGUAGCUCGCCCUCUACACAACCUUACCAAAAAGGAAACCCCCUGGUCAUGGGGCGACCAAGAGGAAGCAGCAUUUCAGGAGUUGAAGGUUCUUGUCACCAAGUCGCCGGUCCUCAUCCAUUCCAACCCAGGGCUCCCUUAUUACCUUGAGACAGACGCCUCAGGGGUUGCCAUGGGAGCUAUUCUUAGUCAGCGGGGCUCAGAUAACCAACUACACCCAAUCGCGUAUAUGUCCAAAUCAUUCUCAGGGGCAGAAGCAAACUACAAUACCCACAACAAGGAACUCCUGGCCAUCAUCAAGGCCUUGGAGGAAUGGCGCAUCUUCCUAGAAGCUACGGACAAGCCGGUUCAGGUAUUUACAGACCACCGCAACCUUGAAUGGCGUGUAUUCCUGAGCAACUUCAACUUUGAGAUACAUUAUUGCCCAGGGAAGCAGUCAGGGAAGCCGGAUGCCUUGUCCAGACGAUCGGACUAUGUUGACAACCCCCAGGAACCAGAAGUCAUGCUAUUGCCAGAGGUUUUUGCAAAUACAUCAGAAGAGGAAUUAGAGAUUGUCACGGAUAUUUGCACCAGACUCAAGGAAGAUCCAUCACUAGAACCCAUCAUCAAGUUCCUUACUGAAGAUGUAGACAAUGCACCCCCUUUGAUCAGAAAAGCCUAUAGGGACUAUGAUUGGGAAGAAGAUUUGCUAUGGUACCGCGGAAAACUGGUGGUUCCGGACUCAGAACCCCUGAAGGAGCAACUAUUGAGGGAAUUCCACAACUCCCCACUGGCAGGACACCCAGGCCAACAAAGGACGCUUGAACUUAUCAGCAGGAGCUAUUGGUGGCCCGGAAUGAAAUCUUCUGCUAAAGAAUGGGUUGAAUGCUGUCCAGUUUGUCAAGCCAACCAACGCGCAUAUGCCCCAGUCAUCUCCCUGAAGCCGUUAGAAGUUCCCCCUUAUCCUUUCCACACCAUGUCCUACGACUUCAUCACAGGGUUCCCCAAAUCCCAGGGACACAACGCCAUAUUAGUUGUAAUUGAUUCCUUUUUGAAAUUUGGUCACUUCAUUCCUACCUCAAAAAAGGUUACAUCAAAGGAUUUAGCGGACUUAUUUGUCAACCACGUCUGGAAACUACAUGGAUUACCCAUAAAAACCGUCUCUGAUAGAGGAACCACGUUCACCAGGAAAUUCCUCAGGGCGCUAUACCAACGACUUGGAAUUAAGCCUGCCUUCUCAUUGGCCUAUCACCCCGAAUCAGACGGACAGACCAAGCGCGUCAACCAGUUCAUUGAGUUUUACCUGAGAUCUUAUGUAGCAGCAGACCACUUGGAUUGGGUUAAAUGGUUACCACUUGCGGAAUACGCCUACAACAACGCUAAACACGCUGCAACUGGAAAAACCCCCUUUGAACUGGUUUAUGGAAGGAAUCCCGUAAUGAACCCGUCAACCAUACCAGCCAAUGUACCAGAAGCAGAUUUGGUAGCCAAUACGCUGACCCAGGAAUGGAAGGAGGCAGAGUCAGCACUCAGAAUGACUAAGGAACGCAUGGCAAGACCAAAAGGGAUAAUCCCGGAAUACUCAGUGGGCGAGAAAGUCUGGCUUGAUGGAAAAAAUGUAGAACUUAGGACGAACUCUAACAAGCUGGACCCCAAGCAAUUAGGUCCUUUUGAAGUCACAGAGAAAAUAUCAAGUCACGCCUACCGCCUAAAACUCCCAGACACCCUGAAAAUCCAUGACGUGUUCUAUGUAGGAUUGCUAUCCAAAGCACACGAAUCCCCCAGUCAACCAUUUCCAGAAAGACCCCCUCCUGAAACAAUAGAAGGGGAAGAGGAGUAUGAGGUUGAACAAAUAAUUGACUCCAAACAACAACGGGGAAAAUGGUUUUACCUAAUUAAAUGGAAGGGUUAUGGCCUGGAAGACAACUCCUGGGAACCGGAAGAACUCCUAGAAAACAGCCAAGAGGAGAUACAACGCUUCAACAAGUCACAACUGAAAAAGGCUCGUGACUCCGCCAAGAGCCUUUAA